UAGAUAUUUAGCGAUGCGAUACAUACAACACACGUUCUUCAUUUUGAGUCCUUUCAUUCCAUUUCCUAAUUUCUUCACCAUCAUUUUUCAGCGCUUUAUAAUGGAUGAAUUGAAGCCAAUGGACGCAGAGCAAUUGAGGGAGUACGGCCACCAGAUGGUGGAUUUCAUUGCUGAUUAUUACAACAACAUCGAGAGCUUCCCCGUUCGUAGUCAAGUUCAGCCUGGUUAUCUGCGUGAGCUUCUGCCAGAUUCUGCGCCCGUCCGCCCUGAAUCACUGCAAGAUGUUUUGGAUGAUAUCCAGUCAAAAAUAUUACCAGGAGUGACGCAUUGGCAGAGCCCGGAAUUCUUCGCAUAUUUUCCAAGCAAUAGCAGUGUAGCUGGCUUUUUAGGUGAAAUGCUUAGUGCUGCCAUAAACAUGGUUGGAUUUAGUUGGAUAACAUCUCCUGCUGCAACGGAGCUUGAGAUGAUAGUCCUGGAUUGGCUUGCUAAGGCACUUAAGCUGCCUGAUCAAUUCCUUUCAACUGGACAAGGUGGUGGAGUGAUCCAGGGAACCGCAAGUGAAGCAGUUCUGGUUGUUCUUCUGGCUGCUCGAGACCAAGUACUGAGAAGGGUUGGGAAAGAUGCAACCGGGAGGCUUGUGGUCUAUUGUUCUGAUCAAACCCACUCUGCGCUACAAAAAGCCUGCAAGAUAGCAGGCAUUUACCCAGAAAACUUCCGUCUUUUGAAAACAGAUUCUUCCACUGAUUAUGCUCUUUCUCCUGAAUCACUCAGUGAAGCAAUCUCUCGGGAUAUCGCAUCUGGUUUAAUUCCCUUCUUCUUUUGUGCUACUGUUGGAACUACAUCAUCAACGGCUGUGGAUCCUCUGACAGAACUUAGUAAAAUUUCCAAUAGUAAUGGGCUAUGGUUUCAUAUUGAUGCUGCUUAUGCUGGAAGUGCUUGUAUCUGCCCUGAAUUUCGCCACUAUAUUCAUGGCGUGGAAGGAGCCAAUUCAUUUAACAUGAAUGCACAUAAGUGGUUUCUAACCAACUUUGACUGUUCAGCCCUUUGGGUGAAGGACAGAAGUGCACUAAUCCAAUCUUUAUCAACGAAUCCCGAGUUCCUUAAAAACAAAGCUUCUCAAGACAAUAAGGUUGUGGAUUACAAAGAUUGGCAAAUCCCUUUAGGACGCAGGUUCAGAUCUCUUAAACUUUGGAUGGUAUUGAGACUUUAUGGGCUGGAAAACUUGCAGGCUUACAUAAGAAACCACAUUGAACUGGCUAGAAAGUUUGAAGAACUUGUUAACCUUGAUUCGAGAUUUGAGGUUGCUGCCCCUCGGAGAUUUUCUUUGGUUUGCUUUGGUCUGGUAUCUGCACGGAAUGAUGUAGAGCAUGCUAACCAAUUGAACCGUGAGUUACUGGAGGCUGUAAAUUCGACUGGGAACCUCUUCAUCUCUCACACGGUCCUAUCGGAUAAGUAUGUACUCCGAUUUGCUGUGGGAGCGCCAUUGACUGAAGAGAGGCACGUGCUUGAAGCUUGGAAGACAUUACAAGAAAAGGCUGCUCUUCUGCUAAGUGAACUCAAAGAGUAAGGUUGUUCUUUAGCUUACUUUCAAGUGCAAAGAUUGCUCAUUCUUGAUGAAUUACCAUUUUUCAUCCAUGCAUUUGCUUUUCAUUUUUCAAGGCAUUUAUUAAUCCACUACAUACACUACUCGAUAUUCUAUGGAAUUUGUCAAACUUUGUGCUUUCUAAAUCAUUAGACUUAUGUAAAAUGAUCCUUUCUUCAAGAAUGAAUUCUCCAGUA